GCCUGGGAAUUCACUUCUUCUUUGUCCCGCUCAGAGUCGGGUAUCUCGGCCAAGCCAAACGGUAAAUUGCCUACUUAAUCAAAACAAACAACCAAGUUGAGGGGCCAAUCUUAGUGUUAUUCCUAAACAAAAUAUAUGAUGCGAAGCCUACAACAGAGAUUCACUGUUCACCAAUGAAUAUAACCAGUUAGAGUUUUAGUUUUGCUGUUUACCCGUGCUCUACCAGACUACAACCAUUUCUGCUGCAGAAUUUCAUCGCCCUCCUUUCUCUGCUUCAAGUCUUAACUGACUCUUGGUGAUAAUUUGGCACUGAGUUUUCCCUGUGGCUUCAAGGUUAGCAAGAAAGUAACCAUGGAUGUUGAUGCCCAACCAACCAUGGAGGAAACUAUAUUGGUUGGUGAGGAUUUAAUGAUGGGACCACCAUCUCCUCUCAUCCCCCCUGAAAUUGCCUCCCAUGUCCUUGAAGGUGUUGAUUUGUGUGAUGGGGUUUUGAGGAAUCUCUUUUUAUGCCUGCAAAUUAAUGAUAUUGAACCUUUCUGUCAGGAUGAGCUUGUAUUGUAUCGACAGUGUGCUGAAAAGAGGGAUAAGGAACUAAGGCAACGUCUCAAAGAUAGUGAAAGAAAAUUGGGACUAUCAAUGCCUUUAGAUCAAGCAAAGGAAAGAGCUGCUCAGCUUGAAUCAGAAGUCACAACAUUGGAGAGGCGCUUGAUUCUGGCUAGUGGAAUUGAAGGCAUUGAAGGAUUCCGCCAGAGAUGGAGUUUGCAUGGACGUCUUUCAGAUACCAAGUAAUGUUAAACAAAUCCAUAAUCGUAACAUGUUUAUGAGUUGCCAUGAGUUUCACUAGUCGUCCAAGUUUUCUUGGAUGUGUUAUCAUCCUAUCAAAGUGAUUAACAAGGUGCUUGUCUUGUUUUAACAAAUUAGAUGACAGUGGAAAGCUCUUCAUGGAUUUGUCCUGCUCACCUAAAAAGUAUUUGCCAACUACUGGGUGGCUUAUAUUGCGAUGAAGUGCUUGCUUUUGAUCGCCUUUGUUUUCUAAGUGAUCUAGUGUCGUAGUUUCUACUCAGUUUUUGUUAGGUUUUUGGGAGUAUGGUCUCUAUGUUUGCUACAAGAUUACAAAUGAAAAGGAUACCUCGGGGUUUUUGAUCUCCAAAUUGCAGUUCUUAUUUUAUGUGCAGGAGUCGGUUGGAAUCCUUAAACCAGGGCAUAGAAAAUAGGAAAAAGGAUGAACCAAGUGCAAGUACAACUAGCAAAAGAUGGUUCUUUUGGUAAUCUUGGUGCUUACAUUUGUCUGUCAAGACGAACCGGUUUCCUGCGGCGGAGCCAACUAGACCAUCGACCAAGAGUUCAAGCUGUUAAAUACAUCUUUAGAGUCAAAUAUCUCAUAAUUAGCUUUCUUGUGAAAUCGUUUUGAAGCUACCACCUUGUUUACCUUACAUGUUCGAGUUGAACAUGUUCCUAGCCAAAUUUUCAAGGCAUGAAAAUUGUCAUGCGAGUUUAAUACUUCUGCCCAGACUAAUGUGAAGUGACCACUAACUCCACUCAUUGAAUGUUUCUGUAAUUCCCAUUUGGCUUAAGUACUGAAUAAAGUCCCAAACUUUUA